AUGAGCCAAACACUCAUAGACCCCCCGCGUGGGGUCUUCAUGCUGCCAGUUCCGAGCGAAAUGGCCCUUCCUUCUUGGGACUUUGUAAAAACCUCGGACUACUUCAUUCUUCAACGUGCUAAAGUCUCGAACAAUGUAUUAUUUCGCGGCGUAAUUGGUACUAUACAAAACGUAUUUGACAACAAUAAACAAUUUCCGUUUCGGAUUGUGUUUCGUAGUGAAGUGAAUGGAACAGUGUUGCAAGUUGCUGCCUCGCAGACGCAAAAAGGAAUAGAAGAUGCUUGGAAAUGGUUGGAAGUAAACGCGUUUGAUGUGGUGAAAAGUUUAGAUGAUCCAAUUGAAAAGGAGGAUUAUGUUAAAACCAAAAUUGGUUCAUUAGUCGCUAGACAAAAUAGAGGAACAGAUGAAGUUUCUUCUGAUGAAAGUGUUCGAUCCGCUUCCAGAACAUUUCGCCAGCUUUUCGAUGUCCAGCCUACAGAGAGAUUAACGAAGGUGUUUAUCGAAUUAAAGGAUAUUCAAGAGAUUAAAAGAGAAAAGUCGAAAAGAGGCAUGAUUUCUGAUUCGAUUAGAGUUGUGACUAAAGAUGGCCAAGAGCACUUUUUUUCCAAUCUUUUCCAUAGGGAUGAAACCUACGAUUUAUUGGUACAGUUAACGAGUUUGUUGAUGCAACGAUUAUUGAAAAAUACAGUGACGGAACCUGCGCCAGGAACUUUUUAUGAAAAUAAUUUUGAUCAACUUGUGGAAAAAGAAAAACCUGAACCAAUUAAUACAAAUGGCAAGGAAGAUACAGCACCUCGUUCACCAUUAAUUAUUCCAUUGAAGCAAAAUCUUGAACUGCAAAAACGAGACACAGAAUUUCAAUACCUUUUUGGCUUGCCAUCGUCCGAACAUCUUUUAGAAGAAUCAAAUGCUGUGUUCUCGAUGCCGGAUACGGAAGAAACGCAAAGUGGGAAACUUGGUCUUUCUGAAAGUUAUCUUGCUUUCGUCUCGGAUGAUUCACAUACUUGCCGUCUUGUGAUACCUUUAUAUACAGUACGACGUGUUGAGAGACUUAAUAGUCGCACGCAUACUUUUGCACUAUCAAUCUUAAAUUGGCAUCAAAUGAAGUUGAUAUUUCUAAUGGAUGGAAUAAAAAGUCAUUGUGAACAGUUUUGCAAUGUACUCAAAGAUAAUUUAAAGAAUCAGUUGCAUUAUUUGAAGACACUUAAACCUUUUCUGGCUACUUGUUACUCUGAGGUGCUAUUGAAUGAUUCGAAAAAGGAAUUUGCUUACGGAGGAUUAGGAAUGAAAUUCAAAUUUCCCGGAGAUCCCAAAAAGUUGAGAGACCGCAGUAAAACAAAACUUUGGGCCGACUAUCUAAAAAAGCGUGGUAGAAACAUUACUAUCAUUAGAGUACCGCAAUUUAAUAAACUUGUUCGUGUUGGAUUACCGAAUAAAUUACGAGGUGAAAUAUGGGAACUAUGCUCUGGUGCAAUGUAUAUGCGAUACGCCAACAAUGGACUAUACCAGAAGAUACAAAGAGAUUACGCGGGAAAAACAUCAUUAUCCACAGAAGAAAUUGAAAAAGAUCUCAACAGAUCACUUCCGGAAUAUCCUGCAUAUCAAAACCCCGAAGGAAUUGAUACCUUGAGACGCGUGUUAACAGCUUAUUCCUGGAAGGAUCCUGAAUUAGGUUAUUGUCAGGCUAUGAAUAUUGUUGCAUCCGCUCUUUUGAUUUACAUGAGUGAAGAACAAACGUUUUGGACGUUAAGUAUUUUGUGUGACAGAAUGCUACCUGGAUAUUAUAGUACCUCAAUGUACGGCGCAAUCCUUGAUCAGAUAAUCUUUGAGCAUUAUGUACAGAAAACAAUGCCAAUCCUGCAUGAACAUUUAAAGAAAUAUGACAUUCAGCUGUCCGUGGCCUGUUUGCCGUGGUUUCUGAGCCUUUACAUUAAUUCUAUGCCUCUACUUUUUGCCUAUCGAGUGUUGGACUUGUUCUUUAUGGAAGCUGUACUUAGAGUAAACGGUGAUGAACUUUUGGAGACCACGGAUGAUGGCGCAUUUAUUAAUCUACUCAAAAAAUACUUUGCAGCGUUGGAUGAGCCAGCGUAUCCACAAACCAAAAAUCCCAAACAUCUUGAAAUGACCAAUUUCGAUAAAGUAUUGAUUGUCGCAUUUAAAGAUUUCUUCAACGUGACUGACGAGAGUGUCAACGAGCUUCGAAAGACCCAACAAUUAAAAGUGGUCCACAACAUUGAAAGUUUCACAAAACGAAGUCAAAUUAGGAAUCUGAAAGACACCUCAAAAUUCACGAAAGAGGAAGUCUCGGUUCUAUACGACAAAUAUUAUAACGCGCAAUUUUAUGGACAACAGCAAAGUGUGAGAAAUGACACGCGAAUGGACUUGAACACGUUCUACCGAUUUCUUGGUAGCAUUGCCGAUUGGGCGAAAUCUGAAGACGAUGAUCUAAAUAACAAGGAUGUCACUUCGCCGCGCGAUCGCCAAGGACGUAGAUUGGUAGGACGAGAAUUUAUCAAUAAAUUAUUCACGUAUUUUGAUCAUAAUAGUUCCGGCGGUAUCACAUUACAAGAUGUAAUAGGCGGGCUCGGUAAUAUUGUCUUCGGUGAUUUGAUGUCUCGUAUGGAACUUUUCUUUCAAUUGCACGAUUAUAAUAAAGAUGGAUUUUUAACAAAGGAUGAAAUAUUACAAAUGUCUGAAAGCUUUUUAUACAUAUUUCGCACUCGGAAAGAAGACGAUAGUCAUUUGAAUGCUGUUUCAAAUUUUAUAAAAAAUGCAUUUCAGUAUGCUGACAAAAUAGAUGAGCCUUCUGAGGAAAAGACACAGAGUAAUAAUGAAAAGGAUAAUGAUAGUGAAGAGACUUCUAUUAAAAAUGUCCCGAACAUUGAUAAAAUUAAUAAAGUGUCAAAUUCCGAUGAACAUAUACGGCUAUCAUUGCCAUCAUUUCGUAUGGUAGUAUUGGCUGACGAAUUUCUAGAGAAUUUCUUCGAUAGAGGCUUCGUGUCAACUUUCAAACUAUCGGAACCACCAGAAGAACGACAAAAAGGUCUUGGUCGAGAAAUAUUCGACUCUCUGAUGAAUAACGGGAUGGGAUUAGCGGGCAAAGUCGGGAAACGAUUAAUACGAGGCAGCACCAUAAACCCUCUCUCUCCUACCUCAUUAGGUUCUUCAUCCUCCCAACGUCGUGCUCUAAGUUCCUCCUCUUCAUCAUCUACCAGUGGAACAUUGUCAACAUCACCUUCCGGAAAACUCGGAGACGCCAAUAAAAACAUUAAAGAUACUAACAGUUUGACAGCAACUGAACCGGUUUCCUCGCCUGCUUCCGAAAUUUCCGAGGAAAAAGGAUGGUUUGAUGGAUUGCAACCUAAUGAAGGUGACGACGAUGACGAAGAUUUAGAUGAAGAACAUUCGUUGCUGUUGCAAGAAGUUGAUAAAUUUUUGGAUGAAUUUUCGGAACCCUAA